GUUUGGAUACCGAACGACGAGAUGGCCGCCAAGGGAUCCCCGAACAUCAUCAACCUCCAGGAAAACUUCUCUCUUCGAGAAAAAGGCGGAAUGUGGAGUCCGGAUCAACACGAGAAAGUGUCCGUGGAAUCAUACGGCUAUAUGUUUGGUGAAACUAUCGGCGAGGGACCAAGGUCAAAGGUCAAGAAAGCGGUUCGAAAACAAACGAAUGAGAUCGUUGCGAUUAAAGUCAUCAAGAAAAAAUGCUUCAAGAAGGAAGCCGUAGAAAAGUUUGUGACAAGGGAAAUAAGGUUGAACCAUACUCUGCAACAUCCGGGAUUGCUGGACCUAUACUCGGUGUACAGUAGCGGCACAUCUUACUUCCUGGUAAUGGAGUACGCCCCGAACGGUGAUCUCCUGGAAUUCGUCAAUAGACUUGACCGCCUUUCCGAACCAGACGCUCGCCGGAUCUUCAAGCAGUUAUUGGACAUCGUCAACUAUCUCCAUGAAAAUGGCGUCUGUCACCGCGACAUAAAAUGUGAAAACAUUCUCCUUGAUGAUUGUUACAAUAUCAAGUUGGCAGAUUUUGGAUUUGCACGCAGAUUUCCGGAAAACCGCAUGGUGGGUACCAGGUGUGGUUCGUACGUGUACACUGCACCGGAAGUGCUCACGGAAUCAAAAUAUGACGCGGUCAAGUCGGAUAUAUGGAGCAUGGGUAUCUGCCUAUAUGCCAUGCUUUGUGGUCGUCUGCCGUACAGAGACGAUGAUCUAGCAGUGCUCCUUUUCGCCAUGCAAGAAAGGCUCAAGUUCCACAAACACGUCUCCAGAGACUGCCGUGAUCUGCUGCGCGCCAUGCUAUCUUACGACCCCAGGAAGAGACCCGCCAUCAGCAGCAUCAUGAAGACAAACUGGAUGUGUAAACCCCUGGGGAACGCCGGCGAAUCGUCCAUGUCCUCAUUGUCUGUGGCGGCCGUGACCGACAAGCAUGAACUACCCAUGGACUACAAUCCCUAUGCAGAGCAUGGCUUCUCGUGCAAUCUACACGACGACGUCUUUAAGGGAACUCCAGUUACAGACGUUUUGCGUACCGUCGCCGAAAAUCACAGUUCGGGCACUAGUUCCGUUGACCUGACCAAAGUAGCUAUUCCAAAGAAUAAGACGUCUACGGCUGCUAUGGUUACGGGUGUAGCAGGACCAAUAGGAAGAAAGUUAAGCCAGCAGAUGGGGCUAGACGUUUCAACCAAGAGCCCAAAAACAGCAGGUGGAGAUGUGUGGGCUUCGCAAGGAGGUGGGAAAGGAGGUGACGUUAGGGGUCAUGGUCAAGGUCAAAAGAAGUCGGCAUUCGGUAAGGCUACCAACGCUCUGGCGACAUUUAGACGAGCAGCAAAGGUCGUUACGGCCGUGAAGAGGUUCAAACGAAAACCCCUGAACACGAUCCUUAACAUGCCACAAGAAGAAGCCAUGGCGAAGAUCAUUCAUACUCGCGAAAAAGCCGAUUCAACUGAAAUCAAAGAUCUUCAUUUCAGUGAAUCCGGCAAAAUGGCUGCUUUGAUUGGAAAAGAAAGAAAGGAUGCCACCUUUGAAAGACGACAGUCGGAAACGUUGCGUGACAAUGAAAAUCGCGCGAAAGAGGAACGACGCGGACUGUUUGGUCAUACUUUGUCGGUGCUGACCCCAGAUUCAGAUACGUUCAGCUUUGAUUACUAGUAUCAGAUAAAGCAAAUAAAGUCAUGUGCUCCUUUGCUAUUUA